AUGUCAGCCCCCGACCCAGCAACAGCGAACCCCCUCCAGGGCGUGCCCGACCACAUCCUCUCGCUCCUCUCGCGCCUGCACGCCGAGUCGGCCGCGCAGGAGGAGGACCUGCGCCGCGAGGACUUCGCGAACAAGUCCCUAGACGUGAUCAUGCGCGACAAGUUCAUCGCGCUCGAGGCGGACAAGGCGCAGUUCGUGUACCAGCUGUGCCGCGCCAUCAACGCCAAGACCAUCGUCGAGGCCGGCACCUCGUACGGCGUCAGCACCAUCUACCUCGCGCUGGCCGCGUCCGCCAACGCCGCGGCCACCGGCGGGAAGGCUCGCGUCGUCGCCACCGAGCACGAGCCCGAGAAGGCGGCCCGCGCUAGGGAGUAUUGGCGCGAGUGCGGGGAGGUGGUCAGUGGAGCGAUUGACCUCCGCGAGGGCGAUUUGAGGGAGACGCUGAAGGAGGAUCUGGAGAAUGUGGACUUUUUGCUUCUGGACAUUUGGACACCGAUGGCUUUGCCCACGCUGAAGCUCGUCCAGCCGAAGAUGCGCUACGGAGCCGUGGUGGUCGCGGAUAACACCGUCGGAGCUGCGACACUGUACAAGGAGCUUCUUGACUACAUGCGUGAUCCAGAGAGCGGCUUCGUUAAUUCAACGCUGCCUUAUCAGCAGGGGUUGGAGUUUAGUAUCUACCUGCCAAAGCGGAAAUAG